AUGUUGCAGCAGCUUUGCUGUCUUGCGCAGGUCUGCUUGGCUGUGGCAGUGCUGGAAAGAGCGCCCGCUCGGUUUGCUCGGCCCGCUCGGCCCGGGCCUGUGAGGCAAAGCGUGGGCCCCGGGUUUGCGGAGGCCGAGGUCUCAGCUCUCUCCUUCCCGGACUGGCAAGGCUUCCUGGACCAGGCUUCCCUUGCCCAGUCCUGUGUAGUGCUCUGCGGAGCGCGACCUGGUAAUGUCGGAUCCACACUUCGAGUCUGUGCACUUCUGGGUUUGCCUUUUCUCGUGGUCAUAGGCUUGUCGCGAGACAAAUGCAAAAAGGCCGUGGAGCUGUCACAACUCGGAGAAUAUCCAGGUGUUUCGCUGGUGAAACCGCCGCUAAGCUUGGAAGUUCACGAGGUGCUGCAACGACUUCGGGCUAGCGGACUCAGCCUGCUCGGCCUGACAGCUCACAGUGCAGGAGGCGAAGCCAAGCCUAUAUGGAAUUUGAAAUUAACCUGCCCAGGUGUGGCAUUUGUUUUCGGCCGAGAGCACGACGGAAUUCCGCCGAAUGCAGAGCUGUUGCUAGAUGAGGCUGCCACAAUUCCCAUGGUCGUUGAUGGCGAGAAGGUGACUGUCUGCACAGACGGGACAGGCAGAACGAACUACAGAUGA